CAGCCUCGUGCCACGAAAAUCAGAGUAAUUAUUAACGGAAACACUCGACAGAUCCAGUGUAUUUGCCUCAAGACCUGGUACUUGUCCAAUGGAGAAUAUGGAAACCUCUGAUUACCCUUGCACGUUCGAUGCUGAGUGUCCAGGGCUCAAAAAAUGCUGCAACUCAUCCAAAGGAGCAGGCUGUGUGGACCCAGUGCCAGAGGGAAGAACGUUCUGGUACAACGUGACAGUGCUUGUGAAAAUGGAUUUUAAUGAACUAAUCAGAGUGGAUUCCCACCUUCUGAAUCAUUCCCGCCUUUUGCACUCCGUGAUCACUGGUGCGUUGCAGCCCUUGAACGCCUCUGUGCACCACGUCCAGAGCAAUCCUGCAGGGAUAUACGCCGGGACAGUGGCCUCCCAGGUCCUCCUUGGGCUGCACCAGCCGGCCCUGCUGGCUGAGGUCUCUUCUUCCCUGGAUGAUGUGGUGAAACGGGUGUAUGAAGUGAUAGACACACAAGUGCAAGAUGUCAAUGAAUGUUCCUACGCUGAACUCAACGGUUGUCCUGACAAAAGCAGCUGUGUAAACCUGGAGGGUUAUUACAGCUGUGACCCUCAUGCCCAUGCCAUCCCUCAGCAGCUGAGCAGGAGGAAGGAAGGCAUUGCAGCAUCUCCUCCAAGUUCAGCAGUAGAUGCCAUUAAUACCAGCAACAGCUCUCUUUCUAUAAUGAAUUCAAGUCUCAUGUCCAUAACUAACCAAUCUACAGAUGCUGGGUGCUAUCCCUCUGCAGUGACAAACCACCGAAUCUUCAGCGUUACCAGCAACAGUUUUGAAAUGUCCUGGCAUGUCACUUCUCCUCUGAACCACACUUUCCAAGUCCGAGUGUUCAAGGGCAAUGAGACUGUCCAAGACCUGAAGACAGAGGAAAUGAAAAUGGAUGUGUCUCAGCUGGAAGCAGGUGUGAUGUAUUCAGUCGAGGUCAGCUAUGAAACCUGUGGAAAAACCAUCAUCUCCCGUCAAAGUGUUAAAACAGAGGCCCAGAUAUUUGAUGUCACUUUGAGGAUUCUCGACUACAACUUCACUGAUGAUUUCCAUAAUUCCAGCAGCUCAGCGCAUGAAGAAUUUUCAAGGCUGUUGCUUACAGAGCUUGAAAAUUAAUUUCCACCCAACAUUUCUGCUUUGUACAAAUCUGGGAAGCUGAAAGUGCAGAUUGAAUCCCUGAAGGCUGGAAGUGUCAUUGUCAGGCUCAGAAUCACUGUGCAGGAUCCCGAGUUUCCAGUCAAUGCCUCCACAUUUGCCCCAGUGCUUUCCUACCUGCACAACAGUUCCAGGAUUGUGGUGGAUCAGGAAAACACCGCACCAGGAGACUGGGAUGAAUGUGCUUCUCACACCGAGAAUGACUGCUCUGUGUUUGCAGAGUGUAUCAAUUUGAUGGGCUCCUACAUGUGCAGAUGCAAGACAACCAUGGAUACCAAUCCAUCUAGACCUGGAAGGAACUGUGAGGGUGAGAUUGUGGAUCCUCUGUCUGAAACAAUGGCUCCUGAAACAAGAAACAGCACAGAGUUUGCUCCUGAAGAAGGAAGCCCUGCAGGCCUUGCGUCUCCUGCUGCCACCGAGACAGCGGCCUCUUCACUGCCCCUGGCUGUCCAGAAGCUUAGUGGCACAGUUCGGAUAACAAACGUGGAAUACUCCCCAGGCUUUAGCAAUACCAGCAGUGAGGAAUAUCAAGCCUUUGCACAGCUCUUUGUUGAUGAAGUACAUAAAUCUCUACCCCUCGAUGUUCUCCAGCAGGUGGAUGCUGGUGUGAUUAAAGUGCUGAUAACGAGUAUUACCAAUGGCAGCACGGUGGUAGGUUUCAGUUUAGUGGUUGCAGAGGAUGUGGAUGUCCACUGUGUCAUCACCACUUUUCGGGAUGCCUUGGAACACAGCUCCUCCUUCACCAUUGACAAGAGCAGCCUCUCCAUAAAGGUGUGCCACCCAGCAGAUUAUGAUGAAUGCACAGGCAAAGAGGACGACUGCUCCCUGGACGCCUCGUGCCGUAACACGCUGGGCUCCUACCAGUGCAGCUGCAAGGAAGGAUUCGUGGAUGUGCAGCCAGAGAGGCCUGGAAGAAGCUGUGAAGCACUUCCUAUCAGCCAGAAGGCAACAGUGACGGAUAAGAAACCAGUGCACAACCAAGUUUUAUCUGUGACAUCUUUGCAAACUUCUUCCUCUGCUUCACUGGACUUCUCUGCUGCUGAGCACAAAGCUCUGGAGGACACCAUGUUCUCCAGCACGGUGCUGCCUCCUCUCACCAAGGAUCCCGUUUCAACUCCUGAUGUUUCCCGUCAAGCAUCUCCAGCCUCCCUUGCCAAACCUGCCCAGGAGGGUUCCAUUAAAGAUGCAGUGAGCGUGGUCUGUGGAAUAGAGAAGAUCGUCCUGGCCAUCCAGAAGAGGUUUUUACAGCAGGAGUCCAUCCCAGAAGCCUCCCUGUACCUGGGGCAGCCUCACUGCAAUGUGAGCAGGAGCAAUGGCACUCACGCUGUGCUGCAGGCAGGAUGGAGCGACUGCGGCACCGAGGUGGAGACUAACACGACUAAUACUGUAGUGAAAACCAUCCUUCGGAACGACAUUCCUACUCAGGGAAUAAUCCACCACUUGAAAGUUGCCAGUCCCAUUCACUGUGUGUUUCAAAACGAUGUCUUGGCUUCCUCUGGGUACACUGCAGAAGGGCUUUACACCAUCUUUGAGGAUUUGCACGGAUCCGGACACUUCAGAACAGAAAUGCAGCUGUUCAUUGGGAUCCCCAUACCAAAAAACUUCAGUGUCUCUGCCAGUGACGAUGUGCUGAUCGAAGUGGGGAUCCAGAGAGGGGACAGCAAGCUCAAGGUGGUUCUCUCUGACUGCUGGGCAACUCCAACUAAUAAUUCAGUGGAUCCCCUCUCAUUUGUUUUUAUCAGCAACAGCUGUCCCAUCCCAAAUACAUACACCACACUGCUAGAGAAUGGGAAUUCAAGCAAAGCCCAAUUUAAGAUGAAAAUUUUUUCCUUUGUCAACAAUUCUGUGGUUUACUUACACUGCAGAAUUCGUAUCUGCAUGGAGACACCGGGAAGAACCUGCAGGACAGGACAGAGAGCCACAAGAUGCCACGCCAUGGUUCGGUUCCUGAGGGCUGGAGAAGUCGUUGCCACACACAGAACAUCCUGGGGACCCCUGUGUAGAGCAGCUGCACCUCACUUGAAGAGAGAAAAGGAGGCUGGGAUGGGAGUUGGAUACAUCAUCCUCAUUGCCCUCGCUGUGGUUGGGUUUGUGCUGGGACUUGUGAGCCUUCUCAUUUUCCAGUACCAGCGAAAGAUGGGAAGAUACAACUUCAGAAUCAAGUCUGACAACUUCAGCUACCAAGUGUUCUACGAUUAGAGAUC